CGCCGAGCGCGCUCCGAGCCGCGGAGGCAGGUCCGCGUGCGGCUGGGUCUGUCCCCCGAGGCUCAUGGCGGCCUCCAGGGCGCUCGGCACGUUCCGCCUCCCGCCGCUGCCCACGAUUCGGGAAAUCAUUAAGUUGUUCAAACUGCAGGCGGCGAAGCAGCUCUCGCAGAAUUUCCUCCUGGACUUGAGGCUGACAGAUAAGAUUGUAAGGAAAGCUGGCAAUCUGACAGACGCAUAUGUGUACGAAGUGGGCCCUGGGCCAGGCGGAAUCACAAGGUCCAUCCUCAAUGCCGGCGUCGCUGAACUUCUGGUGGUGGAAAAGGACAGUCGCUUCCUUCCUGGGUUACAGAUGCUCUCUGACGCAGCACCGGGGAAACUGAGGAUUGUCCAUGGCGACGUGUUGACAUUUAAGGUCGAAAGGGCUUUUCCAGAAAGUCUUAAACGACAGUGGGAGGAUGAUCCUCCAAAUGUACAUAUCAUUGGAAAUCUGCCUUUCAAUGUGUCAACUCCACUCAUAAUCAAGUGGCUUGAAAAUGUUUCUCAGCGCGAUGGGCCUUUUGCUUAUGGCAGAACCCAGAUGACGCUGACGUUCCAAAAGGAAGUGGCGGAGAGACUUGCUGCCAGCACGGGGAGCAAGCAGCGCAGCCGCCUGUCCGUGAUGGCCCAGUACCUCUGCCGCGUGCAGCACGUCUUCACCAUCCCAGGCCGGGCUUUUGUCCCCAAGCCCGAGGUGGACGUGGGCGUGGUGCACUUCACGCCCCUGACGCAGCCCAGGAUCCAGCAGCCCUUCCCGCUGGUGGAAAAGGUCGUCCAGAACGUGUUUCAGUUCCGGAGGAAGUACUGCCAUCGCGGGCUGGGGAUGUUAUUCCCUGAAGCCCAGCGCCUGGAACGCACUGGGCGGCUGCUGCAGUUGGCAGAUGUGGACCCUACCUUUCGCCCCUGCCAGCUCUCCGUCUCCCACUUCAAGAGCCUGUGUGACGUGUACCGGCGGAUGUGUGAUGAAGACCCGCACCUCUUUGCCUACAAUUUCAGAGAAGAGCUCAGGAACCACAAGCGUGCCGGCCAGGACAAAGAGACCGGCCAGGACAAAGAGGCCAGCAGGGAGAGCCUGUAGCUGCACUUUGGGGCCAGCGGCUUACCCAGCGUGCCCCCUCCCCUCCCCUCCAGGCCGAGCGUCUCUCACGUGCACUCUGACUGCUACAGAACGACAGAAAUGCCAGUUACCAGCGUGACUUUCUUCCCUUUACUGUACAGGUUGGUAGAGAAAAAUAAAUAAAGUUACAGUACAAGCUUUCUUUUAAUAUAUAUAUAUAUAUAUGCAUAGAUAUGGCAUGUUUAGUAUAAACAGCUUCUAUUAUUACAACCUUACAGAAAUGAAAUUUCUGCACAUUGUGCCCCUAACCCACAUUAAAAUAACUUAAAUCUGCUUUAAAUAAAGCAAAUGCAGCUCAAAGUAAAUGCCCAGAGGAUAGAGAAAAACGACCUUUUU